GAACCGUGGUGAUGGGCAGUUUUAUUAUUCGCGAGUCUAGGCUGGUGACCUCCGCACCUUCAUCGUCGGCCAUCAUCCGCCAGCAACAUUCCGAAUUUGACAGAGUCCUCAAGAGCCGCUGGAAAGAGGCCGCUGAUUCAGCCGUCUGCUUUUACCGUCUUGAUCGCCUUCAGAAUAAAGUUAUUGCGGGGAAAUACGGAUUCGUUGCACAGUACAAUCCGGAAAAGUCCAAACCCGGAUGGAGGCGACCGGCUCAGAAUUUCCAGAAGGUGAAUCCCAAUUUCGAUGUCAAACAGUUUAACUUUAAUCAAGUUACCGAGAGGGAGGUCGUCAUGGGACCGGAGGAGCUACCAGCAGUCGACAAAGACGAUAGCGAUACGUUCCUCCUCAUCAACAUCAGUCCGAUCGAAUUCGGCAGUUGUUUACUGGUGCCCCGGAUGACGCAAAAUAUCCCGCAGCUCAUCACGCUUCACGGCCUGCAAGUUUUGCUGACAACCGUUUUGCUCAGCACCGAUCCACGUUUGAAGGCCGGUUUUAGCAGUGCGGGAGGCUGCGCCUCGGUUAAUCACCAGCAUUAUCACGUCUAUUACUUGGAGGAGCAGCUUUAUCUGGAGACGGCGCCAGUGGAGCGCAUAGCUGGUCCGUGUUUCGCCGUGACGGAUUAUCCGGCUAAAGGAUUCGCCUUUCAGCUCGACAAUAAUGAUCCUGCCCAACUGGCCAGGCACGUUUUCACCUUGGCUGAUUACAUGAGGCAGAACCAAAUGGCUCACAAUAUGUUCAUCACUCGCGGUAGAAGCUUCGACGUCCAGCGGCCGGGGUUGUCGGCCGACGCCGACGCCCAUUACGGGAUGAUUUACGAGACGCUGCGCGUCUUUCUUUGGGCGCGAGAACCCGCUUUCGGAGUGAAGAAAGAUUACGGCAGCAUGAAUCCCGCCUUGUGCGAGAUGGGCGGCCAUUUGCUCACGACAGAUAAAUUCGAGUUUGAAGCGAUGACAGAGGAGGCGGUAUCGAAUAUCCUGCAGGACAUGACGUCACCUUGGUUUCAGCGCGUUCUGCCGAAAAUCCCGCUACUUUUCCACGACACUUUUCAAGAUUCCUCUUGAUAGAACAUUUAUUUUUUGGCGCUUAUUGUUUUGUAUUAUUUUGAUUAAAUUUUCUUUUCUUAUUGUUGGAUAGUGUUGGAAUGUUUCUCGUUAGAUGGCGAAAGAAUCAGGUAAACAAAACUUUGCUAAAUCGUCGUCGUCUGAACGAACGAGGUGGUUAGAUAACGACGGGUGCGGACCCCCCUCCUUUUCUUCGAUCGUGGAUGCGUAGAUUCGCAGACUGAGAGUCACAACUCACAACUGUGGAUCGCAUGAAAACCAACCAACAGUCAUCGCCAGUCCUUUCGGAAGCCCCGACGUUUCUUGUUGGCAGUGAGCCUUUUGUAAUAAUAAUAAGAAAUUCGGCUGCUUUCUUUUUUAAUUCUUUGGUGCUCCACUUUCCAACACUUGUGCGCACUUCCGUCACCCAUUGUUGCCAUUGUCCUUUCGU